AUGGAAAUCUAUGUUGACGAUUCCAUCGUCAAGAGCAAAGAGGCGAAAGACCAUGUUGAGGACCUAGCCGAAACGUUCGCCACUUUGAGAAAGCAUCAGAUGAAGCUUAAUCCGAAGAAAUAUGUCUUCUGCGUGAAGUCCGAAAAAUUCCUUAGCUUCAUGGUCAGAAAAAGGGGGAUUGAUGCAAAUCCCUCCAAGGUACAAGUAGCUCUUGACCUUCCCGAGCCGAAGACAAAAAGGGAUGUUCAACGUCUUUACGGGAAGGAUGGCUGCCCUGUCCAGCUCCUUACCAAAAAAAAGUGGUUGAUAGUCGACAUUGGUUAUUUCAGCAAAUGGAUUGAGGCCGAAGCAGCUUCAAACAUAACCAAGCAAACUGUCAGGAAAUUUAUCUGGCAGAAUAUCAUCACUUGCUUCAGCAUCCCAAAGGUAUUUGUCUUCGAUCAUGGAAGGCAGUUUGAUAAUCUGCCACUGAAGUGGUACACUGAUCAGUUCGGAAUAAAAUUAGCAUGUUCGGCAGUCUGUCAUCCUCAAAGUAAUGGUCAAGCCGAAGCCACAAAUAAGAAAAUAAUCAACGCUCUCAAAAAGAGAGUUGAGGACCAGAAGUCCAAGUGGAUAGAGGAACUUCCCGAAACUCUGUGGUCACUUCGGACAACCGAGAAAGAGGCAACGGGGCAUUCACCUUUUGAAUUAGUGUAUGGAUCCGAGGCUGUUUUACUGGUGGAAAUUGGUUCUGAAAGUCUUCGAGUCAACCAGUUCUCAGCCGAAGAAAAUGAGCGUCUCAUGAAAGAGUCCCUUGAUUUCCUAGACGAAAUCCAAGAUUCGGCCAGAGACAGAAUGGCAGCAUACAAACAAAGAAUCAGCAAGUUAUAUAACCGAAGAGUCCAAGCAAGGCUUCUCAAAGUCGGGGACCUUGUUCUUCGGAAUGCUACUGUUGUCCAGAAAGGCCGCGUCCACGGAAAGCUUUCGGCAAACUGGGAAGGGGCUUAUGAGAUAUAUGAUGAGCUCCAACCAGGAACUUAUCGACUUCGGCAAUUAGAUGGAACUGAGUUGAAAAACCACUGGAAUGCUGAUGUACUUAAAAGAUAUCAUGUGUAA